GCUAUUUGCUACCAUACCCAACAACAACAAAUCCAAAAUUAUAAUUUCUAAAGUCUGAGUUUUCAAUAAUCGUUGCUGUGUACGUAUAGAGAGAGAAAGUAGAGAGAGAGAGAGAAGGGGCUAUGAAGAACUCAACGCUGUUACUUGUUCUCUUCCUAUGCUUCUUCUUCGCAAUCAAUUUUGUACCUUCCGCUCUCGCUAUCUGGCUCACAUUACCAACCUCUGGUACCAAAUGCGUUUCUGAAGAAAUCCAAAAUAACGUCGUCGUUUUAGCCGAUUAUAUCGUCAUUCCUGACGAUCACUCCCAUAAUCCCACUCUCGCCGUCAAGGUAACAUCACCAUAUGGAAACAAUCUUCAUCACAAGGAGAACACAACACAUGGGAAUUUUGCAUUUACGACUCAAGAGACUGGGAACUACCUGGCCUGCUUUUGGGUAGAUGGCGGUAAUCACGGAGGCAAAGAGGUCAGUGUGAACCUUGACUGGAAAAUUGGAAUUGCAGCCAAGGAUUGGGAUUCAGUUGCUAAGAAGGAGAAGCUUGAGGGAGUUGAGCUUGAGCUGAGAAAGCUAGAAGGAUCUGUAGAGGCCAUCCAUGAGAAUUUGCUCUAUCUGAAGGGAAGGGAAGCGGAGAUGAGAACCGUGAGUGAAAGAACAAAUGGAAGAGUGGCAUGGUUUAGUAUUAUGUCAUUAGGCAUCUGCAUUGGAGUUUCAGCUUUGCAAUUGUGGCAUUUGAAGAGAUUCUUCCAGAAGAAGAAGCUUAUAUAGAUUAUUAUGCAACUGUUAAUUUAAUUUUACUAGUGAAACAAUGAGCAUAAACUUAAGCUUAUGUGUCCUACUUACAAGUAGUAGCCAGAAAUUUUGUUACCACUUGCAGAGUUUCCAACUUUUCUUAUCCACAGAUGUUUAUUAUAAUGCAUUGUCAUAAAAACCAGUAGAUAACAGAUUUGGGAUUAUGUCAA